GAUUGUGAGCAGUUUGUUUCCUGUGCAGCCAGAGAGUCAGGUGAGUUCAGACAGAGCAUCACACAGAUCCACAUCAGCAGUCAGUUACUGUCAGCAGAAAUCUGACGAUGAAGCUGCUAUCAGUCAUCGUCGUCCUCGUCCUCCUCGCUCCAGUGUUGACCAGCUGCAAAAAGCUCGUCCAACCGAAGGACUGCAGUGACAUCCAUCACCAAGUCAAGACCAGACGCAGUGGAGUGUACACCAUCUAUCCCCUUGGAAAGACGUCUGCUGUCCAGGUGUACUGUGACAUGGUCUCACAGGGAGGACGGUGGACUGUGUUCCAGAGGAGGAUGGACGGCACGCUGAACUUCUACAGACCCUGGCAUCAGUACAAGAUGGGCUUUGGUAGAGCUGCUGGAGAGUACUGGCUCGGUCUUGACAACAUCCACCAACUGACCCACCAGCGAAAGUCCGAGCUGCUGGUCGACAUGGAGGACUUUACUGGAAAGAAAGUGUUUGCUCGUUACUCCUCGUUCUCUGUCGAAUCUGAAUGUGACGGAUACGUACUGCAUGUCUCUGGAUUUAAAAAUGGAGGGGCGGGAGACUCCAUGACAUAUCACAACAAAAAGAAGUUCUCCACCUUCGACAAAGACCAGGACACCCAUUCAACUGACAACUGUGCCAGACUAUACCUGGGGGCGUUCUGGUAUGGUAAUUGUCACUAUGCAAACCCCAACGGGGUUUAUCUUUGGGGGGCUGAAAAAAAACACUAUGCUAUGGGAGUGCUUUGGUACCAUUAUAAGGGUUAUGACUACUCCCUGAAGAGCAUCAGCAUGAAGAUCCGUCCUGUGAAGUAGUUCUCCAGGUCAAACAUGCAGCAGAAAAUCAGCUGAUGAUUUUUCUCUCUUUUCUUCAUCAUCUUUACAUGAAACAGACACAGAGUCUGAUAACAUGUCGACAACUUCAUUAACUUCCAACUCAACUUAUAGCAAAGCAAAAGACAAAAAAAAAACAUAAAAACAACAUAAAUAUUUCCAAGUUCAAUCAAAGUUUGAUUGUGUGUGAAAUAAUAAAAUCUGAGCAGAAA